UCCCGCCCACAGCCCGACGCAGCCGACCAUCUCGACGUGGACCGACGGCCGCACCACCACCACCGCCCCGCCCGCGCCCACGCCCAUCGCCAUGUCACGCCCACGGUUCUCCUGCACGGCGGCUGACAUCAAGCAGGCGAUACGCAACAACCUCCUGCCGAUCCUCACCAUCUCGGGCGUGACGGGCGGCAUCCUGCUCGGGUUCAUCCUCAGGUUCUCCCGCAGCGAGCGAUGGUCGAAGCGCGAGGUCAUGUACGUGGGUUACAUCGGCGAGCUGUUCCUCAGAGCCCUGAAGGCGCUCAUCAUCCCGCUCAUCGUGUCCUCGCUCGUCUCCGCUAUCGGCUCCCUGGACCUGUCCCUCUCCAAGAAGAUCGGCCUCCGCGCCAUCGCCUACUACAUCACCACCACCGUGUCGGCCGUGAUCCUGGGCAUCAUCCUGGUGGUGAGCAUCCACCCCGGCAAAGGCAACGACGACGACAUCACCAAGGCGGGCGAGGCCAAGGCCUCCUACACGCCCGACCUGCUCAUGGACCUGCCCAGAAAUCUCUUCCCGCCAAAUCUGAUCCAAGCUUGCUUCGAAACGCACAAGACGACCAUCGUGCAGCCUGUCCUCGAGCCCAACGACUCAAGAAUUGAGAUCUGGGAGGAGAAAUAUAACUGGACCCGCUAUGACAGCACUCUCUUGCUGCCGAAGGAGGAGUGGGACAUCCGGUCCGAGCACUCGCGCGCCCUCAACAUCAUGGGUCUGGUCAGCUUCGCCACGGUGCUGGGCCUGGCGCUGUCCAAGCUGGGGCCGAAGGGCAAGGCGCUGCUCGAUUUCUUCCACUCGCUCUCCGACGCCUCGAUGGUCAUCACCUCGUGGCUCAUCUGGAUCUCGCCCGUGGGAAUCCUGUUCCUGGUGGCCUCCAUGAUCAUCGAGAUGGAGGACUUCAGCGUGAUGCUGGGGCAGCUCGGCCUGUACUUCGGCACCGUGGUCCUGGGCAUCUUCAUCCACGGCCUCUUCGUGCUGCCGACCAUCUACACGCUGCUCACGAGGCGCCUGCCCUUCCGAUUCUUAGCCAACAUGACCCAGGCAUACAUUACAGCCUUUGCUACCGCCUCCAGUUCAGGAACCCUGCCGGUAACUUUCCAAUGCCUUGAGGAGAAGAACAAGAUCGACCCCCGAGUGACCCGCUUCGUGAUCCCCAUCGGGGCCACCAUCAACAUGGACGGCACCGCCCUGUACGAGGCCGUGGCGGCCAUCUUCAUCGCGCAAGUCAGGGGCAUGUCGCUCACCAUCGGCCAGAUCGUCGCCAUCAGCAUCACCGCCACCGCAGCGGCCAUCGGAGCAGCCGGCAUCCCCCAAGCCGGUCUGGUGACUAUGGUGAUGGUGCUGGACGUGGUGGGACUCCCGGCCGAGGACAUCACACUCAUCAUCGCCGUGGAUUGGUUGUUGGACCGGUUCCGAACCCUGAUGAACGUGCUCGGAGACAGCAUAGGCGCCGGGCUGGUGUACGAGCUGAGCAAGAAGGAGCUGGAGAAGAUGGGGAACGUGAACGCCAACGGGGACCUGGAGCGGCCCUCCAGCGAGAUCGGGAUGGACGCCGUCGAGUCCAGCAAGAUGUGAGAGAGCGAGAGAGAGACGGUACCGCCGACGCCCUAGCUUCGAGCUGAUGAAAAAAAGCGCGACCAGCUCCUUUCGCCGGUUCCUCUCUCGCUUCCACGUUACAGGCUCCUCCUGCAGGCCGUAGUACAUCUCCCGGGGAACCUGCGCAGGGCUGGAUAGGUUUCAGCAGCCGCCCAAAACGAAACAAUUUCUGCCGGUGGCGUUCCGAGGGCGUUCGCUUGCGCCCUCGCUCUUUCCCCGACCCUCUCUAAGAAAAAAAUGAUCUUACACAAACGUUUACAUAAACAGGGAAAAAAAAACUCUUGUUCAGGGUUUAACCUCUGAAGAAAUAUCAGGUACGUGUUGUUUUUGGGUGAUCCAUAGUUUCACUAAGACGGAGAUUCGAAGAUGCUAGGAACUUUUUUUACGCGCCGAGGUGGUCCAGAUCCACCGAGUUUCGUGGCUGAAUACUGAUUCCAGUGUCUAAGACUUCCACAACUUUUUAAUAAUAAGAGCCAAAAUAAAUAUAAAAAAGAUGUCUUGUAGAAUUACUGUGGUAUGUGAAGAUAAGUCUUUCUCUCGAUAGCAUUAUCUUUCUCUCUCUUUGUUUCAUGUUUCCAAAGUAAUGUUGCCAGGCUUUAUCACUCUUUUCUCUGUUUACUGGAAUUUCUUGAUCGGUUAUUGUAAGGUGCUUCCUACAUCACACACUCACUGUUAUGUUUUGUAUUAGAUCUUGACUUCAACAACUUAGCUACCAUUUUUGUAUGUAUAAUUUCCUUUUCUUUUAUUAUUAUCAUACUAUGUAUAAAAAACAUGGAUUCCUUAUCUAUUCUUGUACUGUAAUAUUAUGAUUUAUUUUGUUUUUGUUUACUGGCAAGUGAAAUCAUAUCAUUAUUGUAGAAGAGGUUAAGGGGGCACACCAUUGUACAUAAAGUAAGUGCAUUUAUUGUAUAUCAGAAGAAGAAAAUUAGGUAGAUAUAGCAUUUGGAAUUGUAUAGAGAGCAGUUUUGUAAUUGUUGUGUUAUUGGAAAGUCUACAGAUAUAUAUUUGUUGUAAAGUAGUUUGAAAUCUCUCAGUGGAUGUUUGUGUUGAUGUUUAUCGUUGGGCCUCUGGGCUGUUGUUCGGAUCAGAAAUGUUAACUCUUUGGCAGUCUGCUGAAAAGGCGUUUCCAGUGAAACGGAUACAGGUAUUAGAUUCCAUUGAUAACCAUAUAUAUAUAUAUAUAUAUAUAUAUAU